UAUCUGAAUUUGGAGGAUGAAGUCCAGCCUAAUGCAUUUGGUUCCCCCAGUGAGUAGGGACAGAAUAAUCUCCCAGUUUCCCAAGUGGUACACACCUGAGGCCUGUCUGCAGCUUAAAGAGCACUUCCAUGCCCGGGUCAGGACUGCUUGUCAGCAGAGCACUGCAGCAGCAGGGCUGAAAAUAUCCAAAGUGGUGGUGGUAGGAGACCUGUAUGUUGGGAAAACCAGUCUUAUCAACAGAUUUUGUAAAGAUAAUUUUGACCGAGACUACAAGGCAACCAUUGGAGUGGAUUUUGAAAUUGAACGUUUUGAGAUCAUUGGAAUCCCAUAUAAUCUCCAGAUAUGGGACACAGCAGGUCAGGAAAAGUUCAAGUGCAUUGCAUCUGCUUACUACCGAGGAGCAGAGGUUAUAAUAACAGUGUUUGAUCUGGCUGAUAUCCAAACUUUGGAUCACACCAAACAGUGGUUAGAAGAUGCACUGAGGGAGAAUGAACCAGAUUCCAGUUUCGUCUUUCUAGUCGGAACAAAAAAAGAUUUGGUGUCAGAUGCUGUGUGUGGAAGGACAGAGCUGGAUGCCAUCCGCUUCGCCAAGGAGAUGCAGGCAGAGUAUUGGUCGGUCUCAGCCAAAACAGGGGAAAAUGUCAAAGAAUUCUUUUCCCGAGUUGCCGCCUUGGCCUUUGAACAGUCCAUGAUAAAGGAGCUGGAGAACACUCCUGGGCCCAUGGCCCAAAUUGGGGCAGGAAAUCUCAUCAGUAUGUGGAGUUUUGUUUUUUGUGUCUAUUUUCCUUGUUUACUGUCUGAAGGACUGGGGAGAUUUUUCAAGCAUUAAAAGCCAGUUUCAAACACCUGCAAGCCUAUUGAUGUCACUGUCUCCCCAGGUUCUACCCUACAGGAGUGACUGGGCCUGCAUCCAGCUUUUGUUACCCUUAGUACUGGAUGGUAUAAUU